UUCUCGAAAGAUUCCGGAAGGGAGGGACCUCACGACGGGAAGCAGCAGCAGCAAGCUAGUCAAGACUUCGGAUCAUUCCCUCUUGACCACGUUGUACAAUAUACGUUUUAAUUUCUGUCAUACAUUAUGUCUGUACUGUGUUAUAAUAAGGGAUGUGGACAACGUUUUGAUCCCGACAAGAAUUCAGAUGACGCAUGCACAUACCACCCCGGAGUGCCAGUGUUUCAUGAUGCAUUGAAGGGUUGGUCUUGCUGCAAGAGACGAACAACUGACUUUUCGGAUUUCCUCAGUAUUGCUGGUUGCACGAAAGGCCCUCAUAAUCAGGAGAAGCCCUCUGAGCCUGUUAAACCAGAAGUGAAGUCCUCUGUGGACAUGAGUGUGAAUGAUGUAAAGCCAACGUUUAAUGAAUGCAUCACCCAAGCACCAAAACCUCUAGAGUCUAUUCAGCGACCAAGUCCAGAUGAGCCUUUCUCCAUUCUACAGCAGAAGAUCUCUCCUUCGCUCAAACAGGCUUUAGAAAAGCUUAAAUUAACUGAGGAAAAUGCACAGGAGAUAAAGGAGGAGGAUAGUGAUGAAAUUAAGAUAGGGACGUCCUGUAAGAAUGGAGGCUGCAGUAAGACGUUCAACGGACCAGACGGUGACGAAGAAACAUGUUUGUAUCAUUCUGGUGUACCUAUCUUCCAUGAAGGGAUGAAAUAUUGGAGCUGCUGUAAGAGGAAAACCUCAGACUUCAACACGUUUCUGUCUCUGGAGGGCUGUACCCGAGGAAAGCAUCAGUGGAAGAAAAAAGAUACCGGAAAGAAGGUUGUGCCAUGCAGGUUUGAUUGGCACCAAACAGGAAGUCAGGUCAUCAUUUCCAUUUAUUCCAAAAAUUCAGUACCAGAGCUGAGCUUAGUGGAGGGGAACAGCACUGUGCUUAAAAUCCAUAUUAUAUUUGAAGGAGAGAAAGAAUUUGAACAGCAGAUCAGUUUGUGGGGGGUUAUCGAUGCAAGUAAAAGUUUGGUGAACAUGAUGGCUACCAAAAUUGAGGUUGUGUUGAAGAAGGCAGAACCAAUGUCAUGGGCCCGACUAGAUCUUCCACCUGUAGCGCCACCAAAGGAAAAAGAA